GUAGAAUUCCUUCGAGAUGUGUUUGCUACUUGCUGCGCAUAUUGCCUUUGUGCCGGCCGCUAGGAUGCUAUUUUUCAUGGCCCUGGCUUGUGCCAGUCCGUUCCUGGAGUUUCGGGAGGAGAGCCCAAGAUCCCUCAACGUAGCCAUCAUUUUUAGCGGAACGUCUUACCCACCCGAGAGUGCCCGCUUUGCACCUACGACCUUCCGGAACUUCUCCAUGGAAGUGAAUCCAAUAUCAGUGAUUUUAAAUGACACAAACCCUCGCAGCCUUAUCCUGCAAAUCUGUGAUGUCCUCUCCAGCCUCCGCAUCCACGGGGUCGUCUUUGAAGAUGAUACUCGAACUGAAUCUGUUGCCCAGAUACUUGAUUUCAUCUCUGCACAAACAUCUAUGCCCAUCAUUGGCAUAAACGGGGGAUCUGCAAUUGUACUAACACCCAAGGAAAAAGGUUCUACCUUUUUGCAGUUGGGUGCGUCUACUGAGCAGCAACUACAAGUCAUCUUUGAAGUCUUGGAGGAAUAUGACUGGACAUCUUUUGCAGUAAUCACCACUUUGUUUCCUGGUUAUGAGGACUUUGUGGAUUACAUAGAGUUGCUGACGGACAGCAGCUUCAUUGGUUGGGAAAACCGAGGUGUCUUGACCCUUAAUUUGACUGAUGACCCCAGUGGUUCCAAAUUAAAAAGACAACUAAGAGAGAUUACAGCUCAAGUGAGACUUCUUUAUUGUUCUCGGGAAGAAGCUGAUGGAGUCUUUAAGGCUGCGCGUGAGGCUGGGUUAACUGGACCAGGCUACAUAUGGUUCAUGGUGGGAACCAAUUUAGGUGGCACAGAUUAUAUGCCCGAGCACCUUCCUGUUGGACUUUUUACAGUGCUAUCUGCUGGAUGGAAAGAUGACCUUCACCGCAGAGUACAGAAUGGAGUGGCAAUAAUUGCUAAAGGUGCAGAGGCUUUGUACAAGGAUUUUGGAUUUAUACCUGAAUUCAACAAUGAUUGCAGGGCCCCAAACCUCACUCACAUGAAUGAGAAUCUACACAGGUAUUUUAUGAACAUCUCGUGGGGUGGAAAGGACUUCUCUUUUAAUGAAGAUGGCUACCUCAUUAAUCCAGCUCUUGUGGUGAUUGCCCUCAACAAAGAGAGGAGCUGGGAAGUGGUUGGAAUCUGGGAGCAUGGAGAUCUACGCAUGAAAUACCCCGUGUGGUCCCGUUAUGGGAAGUUCCUGCAACCAGUGGACGAUGACCAGCAUCUCACUGUCGCUACCCUAGAGGAACGUCCCUUUGUUAUCGUCGAAGGCGUGGACCCAGCAACAGGCACCUGCAUCCGGGAUUCUGUACCCUGUCGCAAACAACUUAACAGAACUGACAACCACUUGACAGAUCCCAUCAUUUUCGUCAAACAGUGCUGUAAGGGUUUCUGCAUUGAUAUACUGAAACGGCUUUCUAAGACCAUUGGAUUUACUUACGAUCUCUAUCUAGUGACCAAUGGAAAGCAUGGAAAAAAGAUUGACGGUGUGUGGAAUGGCAUGAUUGGGGAGGUGUUUUACCAGCGGGCCGACAUGGCCAUCGGAUCACUCACUAUAAAUGAGGAGCGCUCGGAGAUCAUUGACUUUUCAGUCCCCUUCGUGGAGACGGGGAUCAGUGUCAUGGUGUCCAGGAGCAACGGCACGGUAUCCCCAUCUGCAUUUUUAGAGCCAUAUAGCCCUGCCGUCUGGGUCAUGAUGUUUGUCAUGUGCCUUACCGUGGUUGCUGUGACUGUUUUCAUCUUUGAGUAUUUUAGCCCUGUCGGAUAUAACCGAAGUCUGUCCACAGGCAAACGUCCUGGAGGUUCCAAGUUUACUAUCGGCAAAUCAAUUUGGCUUCUUUGGGCAUUGGUAUUUAAUAAUUCAGUUCCGGUGGAAAAUCCUAAAGGCACCACAAGCAAAAUCAUGGUUCUCAUCUGGGCAUUCUUUGCUGUCAUAUUCUUGGCCAGCUACACUGCCAACCUGGCUGCCUUUAUGAUCCAGGAAGAAUAUGUAGAUACCGUGUCUGGACUCAGUGAUAAAAAAUUCCAGAGACCUCAUGAACAGUACCCGCCUCUGAAAUUUGGCACUGUUCCCAAUGGCAGUACUGAAAAGAACAUUCGUAGCAAUUACCCAGAUAUGCAUGCCUACAUGAUCAAAUACAACCAGCGGCACGUGGAGGACGCCUUGCAAAAUCUUAAGACUGGGAAACUGGACGCGUUCAUCUAUGAUGCAGCUGUUCUAAACUACAUGGCACGAAAGGACGAGGGUUGUAAACUGGUCACCAUUGGCAGCGGGAAAGUCUUUGCCACCACAGGAUAUGGAAUCGCUUUACAGAAAGGUUCAAAAUGGAAACGGCCCAUCGACCUUGCAUUGCUUCAGUUUCUAGGUGACGAUGAGAUUGAAAUGCUGGAGAGACUGUGGUUAUCAGGAAUUUGCCAUAAUGACAAAAUUGAGGUGAUGAGCAGCAAAUUAGACAUCGACAACAUGGCUGGUGUAUUCUAUAUGCUUCUGGUUGCUAUGGGAUUAAGCCUUCUUGUUUUUGCUUGGGAGCAUCUCAUAUACUGGAAGCUUCGACACUGCAUGAGGCAUUCUGGGAAAUUGGAUUUCCUGUUGGCAUUCAGCAGGGGCAUGUACAGUUGUUGUAGUGCUGAAGCAGCCCUGCCCAACUCAUCUGUUCCGCCACCACCACUGCCUUCAGCACCAUUGCCAUGUUCUAACUUCAUACCAAGAGAAAGACGUGUUGUAGAGAGGUGGCGCCAUGCAAGAAGUCCAAAUUGUUACAAAGAUAUUUACACACCUACCCGUUCUGUACAUGACCCAAACAAUAAAGCGGCUCCUCCUAGACUUCCUCAUAAAAAUGCAUUCUCUGAUGGAUUUCACCGCUAUUAUGGGCCAAUCGAACCUGAAGGACUAUCAGACCAUUUGGUCGAGUCAGGGCAAGCAUUUGGCAAAGAUAAAAAGAUGGCAUCAUGCCAAAUGUCACCACAAACUCAAAGGGAACAUUUCUUAGAAAACCCACCCUCCUAUUUUGCAAUUGUACGGGAAAAAGAUGCCCCAGAGCCACCAGGGUGGCAGUCAAAAAUUUCCAGAGGCCUUUAUGAGAACUACCAGUCAGGAAAGGAGAGAACACCAAAGUCUACAGCUGGAGCACGAGGUAGUCGAACACCGGAAACUGCAGCAAAGAAAUUCGAUCACUUGGGAAGCAGCUACCAAUCAAAGGGCACAUGUGAAAUAGAACGAGAGGUUUAUAAUAGUGGAGGACCCAGUAGCAGUAGCAAUCGCCCCAACAAAGCCAGUGUGGAUUUAUUUGAUCAACCCCACUAUAGCGGCCAUACAAGAUUCACAUAUGAAGAUGAGAGAAGUUGUGGGAGGGACUGCCAUCAUCGCAGAGAUGACAUGGACUUAGAAUCCCAGCCUUUACUGCAUAAAAAAUCCAGCCGCUCACACAUGUGCAGAAGUCACUCUCAUCCCUUAGUUAUGGGUGCCAGUAAAAGCAAAUAUGCUGACCUUUCAGAUUCCGAUUCAGAUGUAUGUGAGCGAGACCCUCCUUGUGUAAAAACAGAAAUGGGCCAUAACUGUUGGUAUUCACCAAAUUACUUCUGCACAUAUCCAUCCAGGGAACGACAAGCAUCAUCUGCCCCACACAAGCCAAUGAGGUACUGGUCUGUAGAUAAGUUAGGCAAGUAUCAUCAGUUAAGCAAAGAGUAUCUUCCGGGCACAUGUCAUGGCUCUUGUUAUUGCAGUAGUUUAGAAAUGCUGCAACCUCACUGCCACAAAGAGCCGAGAUACUUUAGCUGCUCAGACGAGAAGCUUGAACGACGGUUAGACUGGGAGCACUUUCGUAGUGGUCACUGCUCCUUCCUUCACCAUCAUCACCACUCCUGUGACUUAGCUCCUAUUCAUCCCACAUCACGGAGUUUAGAGGACCUCAGCAGAUGCCACUUGAGGUGCCACAGACACAUCUUCUCACCAGAAUGCCAACCUAGAUCAAGCCACAGCGGAACCCUUUAUAAAAGAAGGGGUUCUGCACACUUCUCUAGUUUGGAAUCAGAAGUAUGACCAGAAGAGCACUCAGAUGAUUCCAAGACCAUGCAUAUCUAGGAAAUGGAAAUUAUACAUUUAUGAUACUUAUAUCUAUCUAUACAUACUUUUGAAACCAAAACUUAAAAUAACUUCAGCAAGAGUGGAAUGACCUUUCUCCUCCUCUCUUACAUGGGCCAUAAUGUUUAAUUAUAAAGCUAAACUACAAUUUUCCUACUAAAGAAGAACUUUUUGUGAAAUACAGUGAUAUUAUUACAGCUUUGCAUUGGCUGUAAAUGUUUUGACGUGACGCAUUUUUCCUACUGGCUGGACCAGCAAAAGGACAUAUUUUAAAAUCAUCUGAUGGAAAGAGCCACUAUUUCCCCCCAAACAAAUCAUACUACUGGCUGAGAGGUGCAACAAGCCGACUUCAAAGGCCAUGCUCAAGAGUCUAUAGAGUCUAUGGUUAAAGAUCCAGUUUUCAAGGCAACUUUAUUAGCGACAUUCAUUUGUGCUUGAGAAUUAGCAUUGAGGACCACGAAUUUGAAAAGGUUAAGAUGAAAAGAGGAGUAGUUACGGACAUCAUUUUUCACCCUCUUCUCUUACUUUUUGAGGAAAUGUUAAGGGCUUUAUCUAGACAUUUAUAACACUUUUAAGCACACUGCAAUAGAUUCAUUAGUUGUAACUAGAAUCAAUUAGUAUACUAAUAUAACUGAUUAGAAGUAGUAUUCUUAGAAAAACCUUUUUUUCCACUGUUGUUUCUUGAUCAAGAUAAGAAGUCGUCCUUCUAAGCAGCUAAAAUGGAAUUUUGAUGUACAAUAUGAAGUCAAAUACAUGAAAUUCAUCAGUUAGCAGUAAAGGUUUAAUAUUAUUAUUGAUACUAUUUA